AUGGCAGAGGGGAUUAGCAAGAGGGGCACCCGGGACCUGGUUUUAAAUUGGCGAGUGCUGCUUAUAAGGAAACACUCUUCCCUCUCGCAGGCAAUCCGUCAUUCACUACUGGCCGCUCUACCUCUCCACACGGAAAAACGUAGGACUCGGACGGCCUCGGCGCGGGCUGGGCCCCGGGGACCCUCUGGGAACAAGGGCUCGCGGGCGGGCGGCCGAGUGCCGGCCAGCGGGGCUCGGAUAGGAGCCGCCCGCGCCAGGUCGGAGGGCGACUGCUUCCCCAGCCUGCGGAGGCGCGCGCGAGUGUGUGAAGAGAAAACCUCAGUUCUCAGAGCCACUAGAAUAAACUUCUCGCUGAGGCUCGGCCCUCUCGCCUCCCGCAGCCUUUCCUCGGUCAGCGGAAACCCGAGGGCAGCUGGGGCCGGCCUUCUAGGCUGGCGGGGCCCUGCGGAACCGGUCCGCCUGACCCGACUGCGCUCGCGUGGGAAAGCGGAGGCUCGGCCGGCCUGGCUGCGCUUCCCCAGCCCCGGAGCCGCGGCAUCCCGGCCUGCCCGUCGGCCCUCGCGCGCCGCCGCAUUUCCCGCGCUCUCGGCCCGCACGUCCCGGCGCGGCCCGCACGUCUGGGCGCGGCCGGCGCGGCUCCGUGCGGCCCCGCCUCCGGCUCCGGUUCCGGCUCCGGCUGCGAGAGGGAGGGCGGAGGCCCUCGGCGAGGGGAUGCGCGGCGCUGACCGACUGCCAUCUUGGGACUUGCGGUCCAUUCGAGCAUAAGUUGACACAACUGGUUCCUGAGCAGAAGGGAAGAUGAGGCUUGGAGAAGAAAGAAGGGCUAGGGAGAAAUACGGCCUCUCACUGUUGUGGCCUCUCCUGUUGCAGAGCACAGGCUCUGGGCGCACAGGCUCAGUGGCAAUGGCUCACGGGCCCAGCCACUCCACGGCAUGUGGGAUCUUCCCGGACCGGGACACGAACCCGUGUCCCGUGCAUCUGCAGGUGGACUCUCAACCACUGCGCCACCAGGGAAGCCCAAUAAACUGAAUUUUUAAAGUUAGCAUUUAAAUGUUUGUGUAAUGAGGACCGUAUCAAAGGCAAUUGCUUGGAAUAUGGAAAUUUCCCAUAGAAACGUAGUUGCAUUUUUAGAUCAGUCUACAAAUUGCCUGCUUGGUCCGUAACCUUGCCAAGUUGUGAUAACACAGCCAUUUAUUGAAUAUUUGCUAGUUUGAACCCUGUAAUAAGUUCUUCACAUAAAUUUAGUUCUCAGGAUUACCUUAUUAAGUAGUUAUUAUCACUGUCAUUUUACAAAUAGAAAGCUUGGACUUAGAGAGGUUAACUGAAUCUCUCAAGGUUACCUGGUCAGUAAUAGCACAGCUGUGACUGGAGCCAGUCCUAUCUGGCUCUACACUUUACAUUGUUCAAAACUGACUCUGACAGUGCAGAUGGUAUUAUUCCUCAGUUAAUAACCUUGGGAGUCUGUAAGGGAAAAAUAUGGGGGAGGAAAAUAAAAAAGGAGGAAAGUUUCCUAUUUCUUCAUCACACAACCAGUCUGGAAUAUCAUUGCUAAAAAUUUUUCUUUGUGUAUUCUGAGUUUUCUUUCUUCACACAUUUCCUGCUGACCCAGAGGUCUUCCUCAAUGUUUCAGGUUCUCAGUGUCUUAAUUUUUAAAAAAUUCUCUGUGGACCCCUACUUAGACCUUCAAAGUUCUUCAUACAUCUUUCUCUGCCUAGUCAAAAUAGCUAUUACUUUAGGACAUGUGGGAGUAUAAAACUACACUGAAGUUGAAGCAAUUCUUGCUAACAUGUGAAUGAUGGAUAGAUGUUGGAUUCUUCUUUCAUGUAAGCAUUCUGAAAAAAUUACUCAGCCUAAGUGAAUAUGUAAGGUUUAAAAUUUCAGGCCUUGAAGCCAUGUAAGUAAAACAGUUAUUUUCCAUAGAAGCUUCAACGUAUGAAGAGAAGGGAUUUAGAAAUACAUGCGGUGGUGGUGUGUGUGAGAUGUAAGAGAUUGUGCAGGCAGCUGUGCCUGAGAAUCAGCUUCUU